AUGUCACGACACGGCGACCUCGCGAAAGCGGGAAGACGUGAACUUGAAGAACAAAGGCGGUGCGUGGGAUCAUGGGGUGUGAGGACCAUCAUCCGUACGGCCAUCAUCAUCAGCACUACAGCCCUCGCCAUCGUUCAGGUUCAGUCCCUGGUCUCAGACUACAUGUCCUUUCCCACGAACACCCUCUACUUGGUGGAAGAAAAGUCGUCGAUCCCCUCACCGGCAAUUACCAUCUGCCCCAAGUAUUCCAUCAGCCGGUCUCGAAUGGCAGCACUGAACUUGACGGAGUCCGAUUUUAGUGACAAAGCGGCGAUUAUCGGAGAAGGCGCCUCAAGGCUAGGCCUCCCUCAAGCCGAAUUCUUUGACCUCGUGCGCUUGGAGCUGCUCCAGCUUCUCCACACAACCUACUACUGGAAUGAUCUCGGAGGGAAAUGGAGCCAAAGGACCUUCUACAGCUGGGAUGUCUCGGAGUUCUAUGAAUGCUUCACGCUGACAGUGCCGGUUCCAAGAAAUACGGGGCCCGGAGGGUGCAAUGAGAACUGCAUCAUUCUGGAAUUCAAAAAUCUCUUGUCAUAUCGAAAUCGGGACAGGCCAAACGCGGAAGUUUACAUCCACGAAGCGGAAGAGCCGUAUUCUGAGCUGCCGGUGUUCGGGGCAGUACAAAUUCUCAUCCACAACGACUCCACGACGGAGAUAUUCCUCACCCCCGAAUUGAUGGAAUUUCAGGACAAAUCCUCAGCUCCUUGCACCAGGGAUUCCAAUCACAGCUACAUUAAGUGCGUGGAGGAAUGCUUCUUUGGAGAGGCACUGCUUGACCCCGACGUUGAAUGCGUGGUGACUAUUCUCCUUCCGCCCUGGAAGAAUUGGACAACGGAAAAACCUGAGUGCGGGACGGAGAACCAAUGGAGUUUCCUUGAAAUGGGGCUAUAUGAGAAAAGGGACGAGUAUUUGGGGAAGUGCGGAGGAUGCAAGAAGCGCUGCACAGCCACGGAAUAUGCCAUCGUUGGAAAGCCCACUCCCUCUUGUGGCACUAACAGCGGCAGCCUUAUGUUCUCCUUCCCCUCCAAGAAGGUGGGAACGUUCCAGGAGCAACCGGCAAUGUCACUACUUGCCCUGUUGUCUAACAUCGGAGGGAUCCUGGGACUGUGCCUCGGCAUCUCUCUAUUGAACAUCUACGACCUAUUUGAGGAUGCAUCCAUUGCCCUGUACAACCGGGUCUCCAAGAAAUAUUCCACUUGA